GUAAACGAAUCAGACCCCCCAGUUAACUACUUCCGUCGCGUACAUUAUGCGAAACAAUUCGUCGCUAACUUAGAUGUUAAGCGUUUCAAUACACGAGUUGCAUCUUCGUCUCAUCGUAUAGAUAAACAAAUAGUCUUUUUAGCCAUGGAAGACGAGUGGGAAGAGGAAGAGCAGAUGGUUGUGGCUGAACUGUCAGGAAUGAUCAACUCUGACUUAAUCUCCAAUCGGCAAGGCACCUGCAAGAUAGUGGACAUCGACAGCGAGCAGCCCAUGCUGCAAGUCGGCCGGUAUCUGUUCACCGGUGAGUACGAGGACGCUAUCGGGACAUGCGUGAUCUUUGAGGAGGACAGGUCAUCUUCUAAUGCAGCACUUAAAUACAAAUGUCACACAAUGAAGAAACUGAUGCUGCAGCGAACGUUUCUGUCAGAGAGGAAAGAAGACGAGCCCGUCUCCAACCGCAUAGAGGUGCUGGCUCUCAACGAAGAAGAGUCGUUCGGUCGGAAGAGCGUUUGUCACUACCUGGACCCCAUAGAGACGGACAAAUCUGUCCUUGACGAAUCUAAAGACUGUGAGGACCCAGAGAAGAGCGGUGGAUCAGCAGAUGAAAUGGACGAGACGCUUCUGGAAAACGAGACGAUGAACGCCAGCAACUCUCUUUUACCGGAGUCUGUGCAAGAAGAGGACGAGAGCCCCUGAAAUACUUUUACUAAUGUACAUUCUGUAUAAUGUAAAUAUAAGCUUUUUUGGUUAAAGUUUUGUCCUUUGCUGACAUGAAUGAACGUCUGUCUUAUUUUGUCUGUUUUACCCAUAGUUUUACCAUGCACUAAGCGCCAAAACAUGUCUUUAUGGUUGGAAUGGAUAUUGUAAAAGAAACAGAAAAAAACAUCAAGCAAAACAAUAACA